AUGAAGGCUCCCGCCUUUUUCGUGCUGCAGAUUUUGUGUCUGCUAGGCCAGCACGGGGCCACUCAGAGCCGGCGGUACGACGAUGCACGGAUCGCUGACGAGCUGGGACGCCUGCUCAAGCGACCGCAGUUGCCUCGCUACACCGGGCCGGACUUCCACCUCGAAUACCCAGUCAUUGCUAAAAACGGCGUCACCCUGGCGGGCGUGACGUACAGCCUGGGUGACUUCUCGCUGCCCUGGCGCUUAGUUCGCCACUACGCGCAGAUGCAGCUGAGCACGUACAAGCUGGCGGCCGGCAACCCAGUCAUGCGAGCCGCCAUAGCGCGUCACAAUGCGGAGCGCAUGACGGACUUUCUGAGCCACGUCGAGGUGGCCGGUUCGCGGAGAGCACAGUUCGGCCAUGGAAACGUUCACGUGGUCCAGGCAUCUGGGCUGGUGUACGAGGUGAACGUGUAUGUCAUAGCGUCCCUGGUGGCUGCUGUAGUGGUCUUGUUCACCACCUACUGCGCCUACAUCAUCGCUAAGCACGUAACCCGUCUCUUGGAUUCUGUGCCACAGCCCGUACCGCAAGAACAAACGCCCCUCUUGCAAGCGACCAAGUGA